CUCUAUUUUCCUAUCUACAUAAAAGGGGUGCCAAAAUCUCAUGACCAAACAAAUUAGUAAGAAAAUAAAAAAAACUAGAAAGGAGAAAGAAAAAAAAAGAAACAGAAAGAAGAACAUGCAAAGAACAUGGCAUCUCCAUGUCGUAAGCUUCAUAGGCUUUCUCUCUUUCCUUAGAAUAUUCUUUCCUCUCCUGAAAUGGUUCGUCACCAGAUUCCUCCUCACAAACCCCAAGCUGCUCAAGCGUUACGGCUCGUGGGCUAUGGUUACUGGAGCCACAGACGGAAUAGGACGCGCCUUUGCUCACGAGCUGGCCAAACACGGUCUUAACCUCAUCCUAGUCAGCAGAAACCCUUUGAAGCUCGCUUCUGUCUCCGAUGAUUUCCGACAAGAGUUUCCCCACAUUAAGAUCAAGAUCAUUCCCUUUGACUUCUCCUCUGGGGGAUAUGGAGCAAUCGAGGAGGGGAUCAAAGGCGUUGAAGUUGGGAUUCUGAUAAACAACGUUGGGGUAACUUAUCCACGAGCCAUGUUCUUCCACGAGGUUGACCAACUCACAUGGACCAAAAUCGUGAGGGUCAAUCUUGAAGCCACCACAUGGGUCACACGAGCUCUCAUCGGACCAAUGCUUCACCGUCACCGAGGAGCCAUCAUCAAUAUCAGCUCCGGAGCCGGCGUUGUUGUCCCUUCUCAUCCUCUCUACGCCAUUUACGCCGCCACCAAAGCUUAUGUUGAUAAACUAUCAAGAUCUCUACAUGUGGAAUACAAGCAUUUUGGUAUCGACGUCCAGUGCCAGGUACCGUUAUACGUGGCAACGAGGAUGGUGUCAGAAGUAGCAGCUAUCGAUAAACCAAGCUUCUUUAUACCGUCGCCGGAAGUCUACGCAAAAGCGGCGGUGGAGCGGAUCGGAAUUGGAUCACAAUGCUCGCCGUUUUGGGCUCAUUCCCUUCAGUGGUUUCUCGCCGGGCUUUUGCCGGAUAACCUCCUUGAUACUUGGCGUCUCUCUAUCGGCCUUCGUAGAAGAAGUUUAUCUUAACCGAAUCAUCAUAAUUUAAAUGUUCUAAAAUGUAUACUAGAGUGAAGAGCAUCCUUAGCCAAAGAGUCUGCCAAAGAAUAACUGUUACGAGAAACAUAAUUAAAAGAGAUACUUUCAAAUCCAAGAGGAUACACCAUCAUUACUUUGAAUCCUUAAUAAUUACUAAUACCCUUCACUAAUCACUAGGUAUAUAGUAUUGUUUUACAUCCUCAACAUUCUUCUUAUAUGUUCAUUUGGC